AUGGAGCAUUCGAUGCGUUACGACGGCUAUGCGACGUUCGUCGAGGGCCACUCGCGGUUCACGUACGCGCUAGUGGAUGGUGCCCCUUACUUAAUGACAAACGACAGCUCGUCGGAUGCCCCCACCGUUGAUUGUAUUCCUCCCAGCACACUUCCGUUUGAUGCUAUCCUCCCUGCGGUAAACGAUGCAACACCCAUACCAAGUGCCUCAAUUGGUAGCGCUCCAAUCGAGUGCGAGAGUGGGAACCUAUUCAAGACUUCGUUUGCGGGGAUUCACUACGCAAUCUGUGUAUCAGAUGACUCUGGCUUCACUGCGAUUGCUAGCGAUGUGACUAUUGACGUGGAUUAUCUCGACGCUCCUGUAAGUAUCCCACCGAUAAAACUGGAGGACGGAUCGACGUGCGAGUCCCACAUGGCAAUUCAGUCGACUUGUUCGUGUAAAUCGACCCCUCGUCCGUGUAUCUUCUACCACGGUUUGGGGAAUGAGAAGGACGAACCGACCGUGCAAGACUCUUCUCGUCACUUUGGCUGGGAUAUCAUCAAUGAUCACGCUCCGUGUUGUACUACGAUCAAGUAUGCGGCACUGAACACAGUCGACUUCGCGUGGACCGACGGUUCCCUCCAAAAGAAAGUCUGUGACCGCGCGCUGUCCAUGUCGCCAAGUUCUGACUUGGGUUCGAAUAAAAUUAAAGACACGAUCGUAGUGACCCACUCCAUGGGCGGACUGAUGUUCGCGGGUGCACUUGCUAACAAAAAGUGUAGUCUUGAUAAAAGCUCGACGUGGAUCGGACUGAGUCCUCCAAUGACCGGCAGUAUGUCGUCCGAUUAUCUCAUGGACUUCUGCAACGGGGAGGUUCGUAACCUCAUGUCGGACUUGCUGUUCGACGGGAGAUGUCCCGUACCACGGUCCACGGCGUCUGUGGCUUAUAAAAACGAGAAAUACAGCACUAAGGAGCACGAUGAGGCGUACGACGCGGCUCAGAGAGUGUACCGCAAGCGCGUCUACGCUGCCAUGUGCAGUAGUUCGUCCGUCGGCAACAUUUCCAAGUACCAAGCAAAGUACAUGGUAGGAGGCCGAGUCAUCCCGCACAAGUCGCUAAAGAACGACGGACUGGUCGAGUUCCACAGUUGUGCGGGAGGGAUGGCGCCCUCUAAGUUCGGGAAAACACCCUACGAUCGGUUCUACCGAUGCGAGCUCAACCACGCGGACACGGCGUUCAAAACGGGAGAUGGAAUUUUUAAGACCACUGUGCGCCCUGUGACGUGGUUUGAAUGCUUGCUCUGA